GCACCGGGCAAGGAGCGAGUCAUUUUACAGCUAGAGUUUACAUCGCGUGCAGUUAAUUGCUUGACUGGCUCGACAUACGUUUGCCUGCAAGCGAGAUAGUUUAACCUAAGCGCGCGGACGCAACUUCAACACACCACGCCAUCCAAGCUAUCCAGCAGCUGGGCCGAGUUUAGCUUGCGCUUCUUACAACUUCACAACGGAGUGUUCUGCACUUCACGACUGACAGCAACAGAGUGCUCACAGGAAGCUGUUUGGCAGUAAACUUUCAAGCGCAUGAACUGCUAAAGAAGUACAUUUUCAUCCAUUUUGAAAAAAAAGUAUAAAUUAAGAAAGUUGUUUAAAAAUAGUAACUCUUGCAAGACGGGAAAGACAUUGGAAUUCUUCGCAAUGGAUUCUGCGGUGAAGUCUAAAGAGGAGACCAAAGGUUUGCGCAAGCAAAGCGGGUCCAGAUCUCUGAUUUUAUCUACGGGGUCCCUACCGACAGCAGCGUGUUUUGUUCUGUCAUUAAGUUCCAUCGCGAUUUGUUUUUUGACUAGUUUCAAAACGUCUCAGCUGGAACACAGACUUCAUGCGCUGGAGAUGGAGAAAAGAUCCACGCUCCAUCAGUCAGCCUCGGUCCUGAUUGAGGAGGGAACGGUACCUGCGCUCCGGGACACAAUUGAGAAGGUCGUUCAAGAGAGGAUUGCUCAGACCAUACCGAAACUGCGCAUGACGAGGGAAGUGGAGCAGGAGUGCGCUUGUCCGCCAGGCCCACCAGGAAAACGAGGGAGGAUGGGAAAGCGAGGCGAUCCAGCAUCUCCUGGAACUCCCGGUCGUGAUGGAUACCCGGGUCCUCUUGGCAUGGACGGAAAACCUGGAUUGACGGGCCCUAAAGGUGAUAAGGGAGACCAAGGAGACACGGGACCUAGGGGCCUCCCUGCCUCCAGUGCCUCUGCUGGUCUGCUCAGUAAUCAGAUCCUGGCGGUGAAGGGCGAUCAAGGACAGGCAGGUCCCCCUGGCCCUCCAGGGCCCCCUGGAGCCCCGGGUCCAAGAGGCCCCCCUGGAAAUUCAGGCAAGGAUGGGCCCCAAGGACCCCCUGGAGAGGCAGGCACUCCAGGAAAAGAUGGCAUUGAGGGUCCAAGAGGCCCACCUGGAGGACAGGGGGAAGAUGGGGUACAGGGAGCUCCUGGGCCACAGGGACCCCCCGGGUCAAAGGGGGAGCAGGGUGUCUCUGGUGAUAAGGGCGAGCGAGGGAUGGAUGGAAUGCCUGGGCUGAAGGGAGACAAAGGGGAGGUGGGAGACACAGGACCCAGAGGAGAUGUGGGUUUGCCCGGAGGAAAGGGCGUGCCAGGGUUGACUGAAUUCAUCAACUUUCACGGCAAUGAAGCCUUCCAGGGGCCUCCAGGUCCCCCGGGACCCCGAGGAGAGCCAGGUCCCAAGGGAGACUUGGGCUUGCCUGGACCAGCUGGCAUUGAUGGUGAACAGGGCCCCAAGGGGGAGAGGGGUGACACCGGGGUGUCCGGGGUGGAUGGAGCAAAAGGGGAGAUUGGGAUGGCAGGACCCUCGGGAUCGAAUGGACAAAAAGGAGAAAAAGGCGACUGCAGAUUGGAGGACGAUCUGGUGCAACUUAUUUCUCAGCCUGGACCACCAGGACUUCCUGGGCCCCCGGGGCCCCAGGGGCUUAUGGGUCACCAUGGAAUGCCUGGCCCCAAGGGGGAGCCUGGGGAGGGACUGAGGGGAGAGAAAGGAGAGACAGGAGAGAGAGGCGCUGCUGGACUCAGAGGCUUACAGGGUCUGCCAGGACUGUUUGGGCUCCCAGGGGCCAAAGGUGAAAAGGGAAAGCCUGGGGAGCCUGGCCUAGAUGGUUUUCCUGGACUGAUGGGAGAAAAAGGAGAGCAGGGGAUCAAAGGAGAUAAGGGUGACCGGGGUACAGUGGGAAAGAAAGGCCUGAAGGGACAGAAAGGGGAACAGGGCCCCCCUGGACUGGACCAGCCCUGCCCCGUGGGUCGGGACGGGUUACCCAUACCUGGCUGUUGGCACAAGUGAUAGCCAGCAGGGAGUGUGGCACCUGUACAUAUCCAUAUGGUAUAUUUUGAAACAAAAUGCUUUUUUGCAUCCAGUUCACUUUUUUGUACGGAAGCUAUUUUUUUAAUCUAAUAUAUUGAGCCUAUCUUUUUUAUACUGUAUAUAACAUUGUUUGGCUAUUGUGAGGAAGGUGGGGGAGGCAUGAAGGAAAAACAGGAACAGGACACCUAAACCAGAUGCGCAAAUGAGGACGGAAUGAAGCAGGGGGACGAAAACAGAUGUACAACAGGAAGUGGGCCCUGCUGUGAGGCUCCUGAUUUGCUGCUCUGAUCCAGAGGGGAAGACUGGGUGCAGAACCCAGGGAACGGACUGUCCAGGGUGAGUCAGCCCCAGCAAAUUGCCUCGCAGAGAGCCCAACGGUGUUGCCCCGUCACCCCCUUAGACCCUAUUUUGCUUUUGAAAGGACAAAACGAUGCGACUGUGGGCCCCAUUCGGUCCUACUAGGGGGAGAAGUCUGAGGGGGAGGGGCUGACCUGUGACCCAUGCGGGACAGUGACUGAAUGUGUCAGGGGAGGAGGGGGCGUGGCUCGGCGUCCCAGCACUCACUGCAACUCAGUACUCCGGAACAUGCAGAAUCGUCAGCCUUUCAGCUGGACUGGGAUGUCGUACACCAACCAGAGACUUUAACUGAUUUGAUCAACUGUUCACCUGGAGUCAACUCAAGCAUAAUUGCAAAUAAGGACGAUGAAGAGUGCAUUGCUUUCACUGACUGACUGCUAUAAAGUGUUUUUCCUUUUUUGUAUACAUUGCUCUAUUUUUCAUUCUGUUGUAUACGUGUGUGCAUGUGUGUGUGUGCGUUUGUGUGUUUGUGUAGGUACACAGGACUGGGAAAACUUUAUUAAACAAUGCAAAUAUAAAGUAUGUAAAUGAUCAUGAUCAUUCAAAGUACAGUGCUCAUAAAUUUGUUUGAAGGCUGUUCAUGUUAUAGCAUCACCUUUUUUGAUAUAACUGUCUGUAACAAGACUUUUUAAAACAGGGACGAGAAAUUUAAAUUUUAUAUAUUAUACUGUAAAAUGUGUUUAAUGAAAGGUCAUAGUUAUGUAGGGGUAGUUACAUUAAAGCAUAGGUAUGUUAUUGUUAUGUUACAGUCAUGUUAGGAUAUCUGGAGGAUUCAACAUAUAAUUUUCAACAGAUGUGCAACAUGUUGAGUUACUUUUGAAUCCCUUUUUGUGGGCUACAAUAUAUAAGCCAUGUCAUGUACAUAAAGAAAUUACAUGAAAACAUAUUUUUCAAGCUAAAAUCAAAGCUCUGCAAAUGUCUAAAAUAAUUUCAAAUUUUUUUGAAGUUGCACUAUGCUGGGAGUUGACAGGGGAAAACCCUAAAUGAUUAUUUCAGCUCACUUUGUACAUUUCAGGCACUGUUCAGGUGAAGCCAUUUCAUGCCAUAUUUUUGACAGUGUUUGUGUUGAGAAAGAGAAGGAUUGUUAUCUUGGAUUAACAAAAAAAAUCUUUUACUGAUAAGUCAUGUUUAUUAAUACUAUGUACAAUCUGUAGUCAGUGUGUAUAUUGAUUACUUCAUUGCCAUUAUUAUGCUAUUUUUUAUCCUUUUGAAGGACAGAGUGCUUUUAUUUUCUUAAAAACUGCUUCCUGUUGCAGAAUGUCCUGUUUAUGUCAUUUCUUUUUUGUAGGAGAGACAGAGAAGGAGCAUGGAGCUAUUCUCAAAGUAGGAACAGGCUGUUGUUCGUACCGUUGAAUUGAAUGUAAUCAAGAAGGUUUAAAGUGUAGUCCAUCCUCCAAGACCUCAGUUUUAACUGGUAUCUCUGCACCAGGUCUGAUUAUAGUUCAAAUUACAAUCAUUUAAAGAGUACUAUACAGUGUAGACUCCUGUGUAGGUCCAAUUAGUCCCAGUCAUGCGUGACUGAAUUCAGUGCCACUCCCGCUGAGGGGAGACAGUUCCACAGGAGUGUCCUAUUUCUCCUUUCUUCUCCUCUUCCUCUUUCUUUCCUUCUCUUCAUCACAGGUCCAUUUUUCACUUUCCCAGCUUACUCUAAAAGAGAAUGUACAAACGUAUAAUGCAUCUGGCCCAAAGAUGAAUUUACUGCAAUGUGAUGUUAUUUUUUUAAAGCAAGCCAAGACUAGUCAGAUUUGAGCUUUUAAAAAAGUGAAGAGGAAGCCUCCAGCCUAUGCCUGUUGACAAAUGCCAUCUAGUCUCUAUUAAUUUAUGACUUAAUGUAAGCAGUGUACACAAAUAAGUGAGUAAAAGUCAACCAACAAUCUUAUAUCCUCUCAGUACUGUCUGAACUAUGCAGUUUGCAAAGGUUCCCCAUUUAGCUUUUCUUCUUUAAACGUUUACUUUUCACUUUCUGCUGGUGUAUUGCCAUGGGUCUGAGAUUAUUGUCACAAAAUGGUACUUUUACAUUUCAAAACUGUGUCAGCUUCAGCAUACGAUGUUGUGCUUCACAGCUGCACCCAUACAAAUAUUUAAAGAUCUGGUGCAAUCUUUUUCUUAUUUCAGAUACAAACCUGGCAGAGUUCACAUUCUGUCCAGGUUUUCUGCUACAAUAACUUGUAUAACUUACAGUAAUUUACAUAUAAAAUGUAUGUGGUGUUUGUUAAUCCAUGAGAAACCAACCAACAAACAAAUCUUGUUCAUUAGAGAAAUAAAACCCACUAAGGUCUUGA